UUCAACUUCUUGUGACUGGAGUUCUUCUGCAGCCUGCUGGGUUGGAAAUACGUGGAUACAAGAUAACUGAUGAUUAAGGGACAUUUUCGCUUUUUCUGGGCUGCGUGUCGGUGAUGGCUGAGCUCCUGCCGCCAGACUCGAGAAGGUGUACUUAUUUCUUCCUCUAUGAUGGAUCCAAGGUCCAAGGAGAGGGUGACCCUACAAGAGAGGGAAUCUGCUACUUCUACCCUGAAGAGACCCCUUUAGACAGGCAGGAGCUGCUCUGUGGCCAGCUUGCCGGCGUGAGCCGCUGUGUCUCUGAACUUUCCUUAUCUCCUGUGCGCAUACUGAGGCUGCACCGCAACAAGUUUGCCAUCCGAAUGAGAGAUGAUUUUUUUUGGGCUCUGGGCUGCUCAGUGGAAGUCCCCACCAUCAGUGUCUGUGAGCUCCUGGAUCAGCUAAUAAACCUGUUUUGUUUCUACAAUGGCUCUGUCCGACAGAGCUACCAGCUUAACAGUCAGGAAGCUUUGGCUGCUCGAUGGGCGCAGUACCUCACACACCUGCAAUCAGGAUCCUCAAAGCUUCAUCACAUCUUCAGCUGCUUGAGGACCAUUGACUCAACUAAUGUUGACCCACUUCUCCUGCUGAAAGCUGCCCUCAUUCUUCAGGCCUGUCAGCGCUGCCCCCUAGUGUUAGCAGGCUGUAUUAUUUUCAGAGGAAGAGUUGUAAGCACACAGAUGUCUCCAGAGCUCACAAUGAAGGUGAUGCUUCAUGAGAGUGAAACAUACACCAAGGCCCAGAGGCCUAAUGGACAAAGUAUCUCCAGCCCAUUUGGCACUGCUGUAAGCUCAACUACUGUGUUCCUGACCAUGUCUGAACUUCAGUACCUGCACUCCCACCCUGUCGACAAAGAUUUCAGUUCCCACUCUACUCCACACAAAGACACUCCCCCAACAAAGACUCGUCUGUCAAGAACAUUAUCUGACACGCCCUCCACUGAGUCAGAGCCAUCUGAUCCAGGUUGCUCCCAGUCUCUCCAGAAGUUGUCCUUCAGGCCUCACUUGUCAGACAACUCUAUGUUUAGCCCAGUUCCAUCACAGAGCACCGCUGAUCCACUCCACCCCCCACCACAGUCGCCGGAGCCUCCUUUCUCAAACGGAAAACACUCCCAUGAAGCUGAGGAGGAAGCGCUGGAGGGGUCGUUUUAUCACAGUUUUCACAGCAAUGGAGGUGGAGGCAGCCAGAUAAAUUACGACGAAGACAGCUCAGUGUUUGAAGAAAACUCAAGUCUGAACGGAGGUGGAGGAGAUGGAGACGUGGCAUGUGGGACGGUGUUCGACUUCAGACGGGCUAAGUCUGCAAAUAAGGAAUCGCAUGACGAUAAGGUUUUCGGCGAGGCCAGCAGAGGUGGCCGUGGGAGUGCUCAAGGCCGCAAGGCAGAGAUGCGAGGUCGUCCCCCCAGCGCUGGUGCUUUUGCCAAGCCAGAGGAGAAUCCGCUGAUUCCCACGACGCUGUACCUGCACCGGGUGAAAGGCUUGGUGCUGGCUCUGCUGGUGGAGCCUCACUUCUUGAGUGACACGGCUUCUAUGGAGGAAGUGUAUCACAGCAGCCUGGCGUCACUCAAUGGACUUGAGGCCCAUUUGAGGACAAUCUCCCCAGGGGCCCCGGGCACUCCAGGACCCUACAUCUUUGCCCAUUUUGACUGCAUUCAGAGCACACUGACAACCAACCUGUCUGGUCGACCAGGGGGAGCCCCAGAGCGUCCUUUUGUGAGGGCCACAUCACUUCUUCACUCGCAUUUCUGUAACACUGAAACUCUGCAGGAGGCUAUUAUCAGGAGUGCUGAUGCUGCUGUGUAUGGAACCAGCAGCGUGGCCCAGGAGACUUUCUUCCAGCUGCACGGGGGAUCACUUAGGAACUCGGGCGUCCCUAACCACCAGGACAGUGCUUUCUCGCUGCCCAGCAAGGCCCGACACAGACUAAUGAAACACGGGGUUAACCUGCUCUGACAAGACGGCAUCAUGACGUCUCCUCUGUGUUCAGGAGGAGUAUUUUGUUAAAAUAUGAAGAACUGUCCUGUGAGUAACCUCAAAAUCAACAGGAAAAAAUGUGAGAAUAUGAUUUAAAGCUCCCUCUAUUUUGUAGCUUGUUGUUGUUUCUGUAACAGAUUGUAUGUUAUUAGCAUAUUGUGCACUUUGAUGAAACAUUAUGCACUCAUAUUCAUAGCAGAAUGUCCUCCAAUGCAGCAAAUGUGACAAUUCCUCUUUCAUGUAUUUAUUCAUUUUAAUAGGAAAUUUAGACUAAAGCAAGAUUAAAUCUUUAUACCACUUAACCUACUGCAUUUGUACAGAAACAUGCUUUUCCUUGCUGCACAUAAACUGCAAAACUGUAUUGCUUUCUCACACACAUUUCUAAAAUAAUUAUAAAACAGUUCUACGUGUAAUUUAACUAUUUCGCUAUUUGAUGCACAAUUGUAUUCUCUUAAAGUGCAAUUUGUUAAAAAAAAAGUCUGUAUUCUGAAAUUUGAUGAGAAGAUAUGCACUUUUAUAUACUGCAGCAUUAGUGGAAAUUAAAUGAAUACGUGAUCCUCUCA